AUGCCCAGUGAUAAAAAGGUAUCUGGUUUAGGCUCCAGCGCUAGUUCUCAAGCUUUGCAAGUUUCAGAGGAUGAAAAUGUAAAAUCCUGUUGGGUUUGCUUCGCCACUGAAGCUGAUGAUAGAUUGGCUGCUUGGGUGCAGCCAUGCAAAUGUAUUGGCACCACCAAAUGGGUUCACCAAAGUUGUCUACAGCGGUGGGUUGACGAAAAACAGAAAGGUAAUAUUACGAGGAAGGUGCUUUGCCCCCAGUGUAAGGCUGAGUACAUAGUGGUGUUCCCAUCAAUGGGUGCGUUCGUGGCAUUAUUGGACGCUCUUGAAGAGAUUACACACAAAAUAAGUCCGUUCAUAGCUGGCGGUGUGCUCCUUGGAUCUAUAUAUUGGAUAGCGAUUACGUAUGGAGCUGUUACGGUUAUGCAGGUCGUGGGUCACAGGGAAGGUUUAGAAAUGAUGGAAUCAGCUGAUCCUCUAGUACUGCUGGUUUUACUACCAACCAUACCAGUGACUUUGAUCAGCGCCAAGAUGUACAACUGGGAAGAUUCAGUGCUCAUAUUCCUUAGAAAGUACUGCGCUAAAAUACCGGCCCUAGCUUACAUACUACCAUUUGGCAAUGUGGAAGGCGACAGAGGUGCAAUAGUAUCUGGACAACCAACGAACAGUCAAAAUAAUACAUCACAUUUGUCACCAACAAGGAUAUUCUGCUCGGCUUUAUUACUGCCAACGAUAUCAACAAUAAUAGGAAAAAUGUUCUUCAGAUCCGUUCAAAACAACUUGCAUAGGACCAUACUAGGAGGUCUAACAUAUAUAACUAUAAAGGGAGCUUUAAAAAUAUACCACAAACAGAUGCUAUACAUAAGGCAUUCAAGCCGGAAAAUUCUAGAUUACACAGAAUCUAAUUUAAAGCUAUACAGGAACAAUGUCGCUGAAACAGUAUCUAGCAAUGAAUCAGAGCAAGUUAUUUGA